CUUCAAAAGAUAAUCUAUGAAAUUUGGUAGCAACACUGUACCCCUUCAGCUAAAGCACCGAGUAAACGCAAGGGGGAUGUCUUCCUCGUUUUUCGUGUUGCCGGUUCUGGCCUUGCUGUCCCAUGGAACUUUUGCUGCUCUUCCAGACUCCGUGUGCAAGACAUCUCUAUGGAAUGGCAUCACCGAGUCCAUGAUCAAAACUUCGAACCCGUCAGCUAGACACGUAAUGAACGCGCGCCUGGAUUGUUGUCCAGAUAAAAAAGACAAGGGCGGGUGGUGUGGAGACACGCAUGGUUCACCGGAUCACUGGAUCGAGGUGGACUUCCCUCAGGGGGCGGGGAUACGGGGUCUCGUCAUUCAGAAGCCCCAGGAUGGACAUGGGGAAUACGUCAAGACUAUAUCUAUACAGUUUAUGCUGGAAGGAUCGUCGCAAUGGCAGUACCUUUCUCCUGACCCAACUAAACCUCAGGUACUAAAUGCUCUAAGUGGCACAACAGACACCACAACAAUUACAAUUACUCCUGGAGUAGCUGUCUCUAAAUUCAAAAUAAAUAUUCUAUCAUACCAGAGGGGUCCUUGCUUACGCUUUGAUCUUCUGGGAUGUUCCAAUUACAAGGAUUUGUGUCCAAAUACCUGUUUGAAUGGAGGGCAGUGUAUUGCAGAGAACCAAUGCUCGUGUCCCGGCAACUACAAUGGAAAUAGAUGCGAAAAUCUAAUUUCAAAUGCAGUCUGUGAAAGUUCACUAGGAAUGCAGAGCGGGGCCAUUUUGGACAAUAUGAUAUCCGCUUCCUCGUCUGCUCCAGGGAAAAACAAGGAAAAAGUCCGAUAUAAUUGCUGCUCGGGCGAGGAAAAUGGUGGGUGGUGCCCAGCAUCUAGUGAUCAGACCUCUUGGCUAGAAGUCCGGCUCUCUAAACCAACGGCUCUCUCAGGCCUGUACUUUCAACACCCUAGUCAGAAAGACUCGUUUACAUAUCCGAACAUGUUCAUGAAGACAUUUCAGCUUAAAUUCAUUUCGGCGCUGGAUCCUUUGAAAGAAUGGAGAAGUUUUAAUGAGCAUAUUCCAUCCAUUCACAACUCAACCUUAUACUACAACAUUGGCCUGCAGCCUUACAUUGUAACAGAUGCUAUAAGGAUUUAUCCGGAAACCUUUGAGUCUGCGGCCUGCUUCAGGGUGGAACUCGUUGGAUGUGACCCAGCAGCCCUCUGUCCUAAAGAUUUUUGUAAGAAUGGGGGAACUUGUAUGGGAACAAACGUCUGUAAAUGUGUAUCUGGCUUCUAUGGUGACAGUUGCGACCAGUCAGCUUCGCAGAUGGUACACCUCAAUUUUGGCUUCACUCAAAUCAUUCAGCAUAUAAUCCAAACAACCAUUAAUAUCAACUUGAACACUCAUGGAAACGUGAGUAUCGUUAACACUCCCACUGGAAACGGCGUCCAACUGACCGGAAAUAGUUACGUCACGGUCAACAACACGGGAUUCAACGCCUGUCUUAAGGACAUCACCUCAUGCACGUCAGGUUUCACCUUGACAAUCAACGUCAACUUGCAACAUCAACUUGCAAAUAACGCCUACAUAAUUUCCAGCGGAGGAGAUUUGCCAAACCAUUCAGGAAUAGCUCUUUACAAUGUUAACAACCAGUUGCAUUUCGUUGUAACCACAUCCUCCAACCAGUGGAUUGUUAUAGUCCCAAACACCCUGACAGUAAAUGUAUGGCACAAGAUUGAACUGUCUUGGAGUAAGACCUCUGGAGCAUCAUUAGUCAUCGAUGGUCACCUGGCUGGUUCUGUCAUCCAGGCACAGCCCACACCCGCAGCCACCCAGGUCAAGCCCAUCAGCAUAGGGUUCGGCUACCACCAGCAGAUUUCCAUAUCCAUGACUUUCAGUGGACUUCAAACGUUUGAUUCUCACCGAGAAAACCUUAUUGUGAAUGGACUGGUAUCAAGCACAACAGUGGCUCCCACAACUCAAAAGCCAGCAACAACAACAACAACAACGGCACAACCUACAACGACCACAAUAAAUACAACACAGGCUCCUUCGACCACAACUACACCAAUAAGUCAAACUACAACACAUUCAUGCGAUCAGCAAACCUUGGAUUUCAGUUUCAAUAAAAUUCAAGACAACGUCCUUAUCACACCUUCGUACAAUUUUACUGUUUUUGGUAAACCUAAUCUGACCCCUGAACAAAACGGCAAAGCUAUACUGGAGCUGCAUAAAGAUGGGCAGUUUGUAGAAUUGCCAAACCAUGGAUUAGAAUGCAUUCAGGACAUGACUAAAUGCGAACAUGGAUUCACACUGAGUGCUGAAAUCAAACUGAUGGACCUGAAUUCCACAGACAAAAGAUACAUAUUCUCCAGCGGAGGAGAUCAGGUUGGGGCAAGCGGACUGGCAUUGUAUCUUUGGCAUGGGGAACUGUAUUGUUCUACGAAGAAAGAUAAUUUUAUGUGGACUGCAAAGCAAAAACUGAAUGUCAAAGUAGGUGAAUGGCACACAUAUCAAGUUUCUUGGAACAAAAAAGAUGGCUUUAUCGUCUAUCUUGAUGGAAAAGAAUUCAUGUCACAUUCAAUAAAACUUCCAAAUCCAGAUCAACCAACUGUGUACCCUUUGUAUAUAGCGAGCGCACCAAACCAUACGUUCAGCUCCACUGCAAUGGAAGUCAAAAACCUGUUCACGUGGUCCGCAUCACGUGACUCUCUGAUUGGACAAGGAUGCAUAACAGAAUACAGCACAGUUGCACAACAGACAACAGUCUCCACAGUAGCAACAACAACAACCCAAACAACAACAACUCAGCAGCCAUCAACAUCAACAAUACAACAAACAACUCAGCAGCCAGCAUCACCAACAACCACGGUACAACCAACAACAACCACAACAGCUGCUACAAGCACGGCAGCUGCCACCACAGUGCAUGUGCAAACAACAACAGAGGACAAGAGUAUACAAAAAGAAAUAACAUUAAACUACAGUUUUCUCAGCAUUACCGGAAAUAUUCUUCAGACACCUGCGCAGAACUUUACUGUUCAUGGGCACCCGCUGAUUGUGCAAGAUGGCGGCGACAAAGUUUUAGUAUUGAAUAAAACUGGACAAUAUAUUGAGUUCCAAAGCUCCAAUACAACUACUUGUAUCAAUAACAUUGCAAACUGCUCCUCGGGAUUCAACUUUAAUAUCAAAGUAAAAUUUAUUGAAAUUUCAACAAAUAAACUGUUCAUUCUCUCAAGCCUGAAGGAAGAACAUUCUGGUAUAGAAAUGUACUACUUAAACGGAUCAUACUUCGUUAAAAUUGUUUCUAGUAAGCACUCUUGGAGCCUUGUAGCUUCAUUUGAAACUAAAGUUAAUGUUUGGUAUACGUACCGCAUUGAGUGGAGUCUAAUCUCUGGGCUUCUUCUGCACGUCAAUAAUGUCCUGGUUGGAAACGCCUUUGCCACACAGACAAAUGUGAAUCUACAGGCUCAAUCCUUAGUGAUUGGAAGCUCACAUUUAAUUGACUUUUCCUACUCGUCACAUGUGCUCAUUACUGGAAUGAGAGAGAUAAUAAAACCCAAAAAUGAUUCCAAUGCGCAUGCGCACAUUGCUGUGGAGCUGAACUACAACUUUAUUAGCAUAGAGGGCAAUCUAUUGCAUACCCCAGCGCACAACUUCACCGUGCAUGGACAUCCGCUACUUAUACAAAGCGCGAGCUUAAACAAAACAGCAGUAGUGCUAAACAAAACAGCACAAUAUAUCGAAUAUUCAAGUCAUACAAACUUGCAUAGCUGCAUAGGGAAUAUCUUGCACUGCACGGCGGGAUUUACUUUCACAUUCGAUCUGCAAUUUUUGCAUGCGCCAUCGCUUACUUCAAAAAUGUAUAUCUUGUCCAGUUCUGGGCCGCUGAAUCCUGGAAUAGAAAUGUACUAUUUCAACCAUACUUUUUAUCUUAGCGUCAUGACUACACAAGUUUGGGUGCUUGAAUUUCCAUACGGUUUCAGUGUAGAAACAUGGCAUAAGUAUCGCAUUGUUUGGAGUGACAUGAGUGGACUGACCUUGCAUAUUGAUGGAAUGAACGUCAAUUCUAAAAUUCCCGUAUCAAAUGUAACGGUGACACUGCAGCCACUUAGUCUUUUUAUUGGUUCUCCUCAUAAUCAUCAGGCUAAUUACAUACCAAAUAUUAUGAUUUCUGGGGUGACGGAAAUUGUGUACAUAACGGAAUCAACGAUAAUUAAACCAAACACCAUCCCUCAGUACCAUUUUGAAUUGACUGCUAUAUCGACCAAUACAACCACAGUGACAUCUAACAGCAUCAACAUGAACCUUGUCGGAACCCCUUCCAUUGAUUCCAGGAACAACUCCACCUGUUCAUUGCACAUUUCCAAUACCAGCCAAUACCUCGACCUCGGAGAACACCGGGACCUUUGUUUUGGAAACAUUGGACUUUGUUUUAAUGGACUGACGAUCCAAAUCAUUGUCAAAUUCAGGGUCCUGGACGAGGGAACGGUUGUUUUAUCGAGCAGUGGAAGCAACAUUUUGGGCACCGGAAUGGAAAUCGUAUAUCAAUAUGGUCGUCUUCAGUUCGCUGUCUCAAAUGCAGCUCACUCCUGGUUUGCAAGUGUUGGGCGAGAUAAGAUCCAAUUGAAUACAUACGUAAAGAUAAUAUUUUCUUGGUCUCCAAAGGAAGGCGUCAAGAUUGUAAUUGACAACCAUGUUGUCGCGACCUCCGUAACUUCUAUUCCACACCCGACCGUAAGCACCACGAACGAGCACAUUUACGUAGGAAAUUCUCCUUCCACGACGUCAACGACUGUCAACCUGUGUAUAAAAUCCGUCAUCAUAUACCAUGCUUGGAUAGGAGAUUGUAUAUCAGGGGGCAUCAUACCCCCUCCUAUUGAAAUGACGACACCAGCUCCAGUGCAGACGACCCCAGCCCAGACUCGACCACCAACAACAGAUUUUUGUCCCUCUGGACAAUAUGUUUGCAAGGACUUAUCAACAACGCCAUUGCAAACAACUGCGCGCUCAACAGCUAAAGCAACAACUGUUCAGCAAACCACAACAAAAAAACCAACGACUACCCAACCGGCGACAACCGCCCGACCUACGACUACAGCUAGACCUACUACUACAGCUAGGCCUACGACUACCGCAAGACCUACGACUACAGCUAAGCCUACAACAACCGCACGACCUACGACUACCGCUCGACCAACAACAACUACCACCACACCAACUACUACGACCACGCCUACGACGACUACAAGACCAAGACCGACCGUUCCCUCAUACACAAAUCAACCUAAUCUGAAGCCGUCCGUCGAUGGCAAAUGUGCAGCAUAUUUGACCUGCUCUUUCCAGAAAGCUAUUGAAGAUAAUGUAGAGUUUAUAGUUUGUUUGAACAUUGGCAACCGUAAUUGUGUACUGAGAAACAUCGUCCCUGGUCGAACAAGUGAAUACAAGUUUCCAGUGACUCAAAUCAACGAAAACUUGUACAAACAGAAGAUAACGUGUUCCAUCCAAGCAAAAUUCAAGGAUCAAAAUGCGCUUACCCCAGUAUUUACAAGUAACAUUGUCGAGCCUAACAUACAGAUAACCUCCGGAAAUAAUAUGCAAAUUACUGAGGGAACAGUCUUUCCAAUCCCACACAUUCUUAUCAGCGUAACAGCACCACCCCAGUUCUUUUGUUGCACCGGAUGUAGAGGGCGCUGUGAAUUCAAAGUAACUGCAAUGUUAGACUUCCGCCGCAUCAUCAGGUCUUGUCCAGGUGGACGAUCAGUUGUCCCGCAAGCUCUGAUUGGUUGGGCCGGUGAAAAACAAUCGAACACUCCCGAGGCCUGCGGUGUUGUGGUUAAUUGUCAUAACUGGGAAAACCCUAUAAGUAUACCGGUGUAUGCUACGGUGGAUGGGAAAUAUGAUCGCGAUCAGACGGUCAAUUACAAUGUCCAUGCUAACAUACUCAACGUACAAUCUGGGUCAGUGACCGCCACACCCCAGACGUUGAACAUAGGAAAAGUUUCAGUCACAACGAAAGACAAUGACCACAAGUCAGUCUGUAGCUCUGUGAACGAUCCUCAUAUGACCACAUUCGAUGGCCGGCGGUACAACAAUUUCCUCACUGGCGACUUCAUUUUGUAUCAACAUACCACUUUACCAUUUGAGGUACAUGCAAGAUACGCCAAGUGUAGUUCCUCCUCACGCGCUACAUGUAACUGUGCCGUCGCCAUAAAGUCGGGCGAUGACGUAAUUACCUUCACUGGUUGCAAUGGCGGCGGAUCGACGGCGACGACACACGGUCACAACAUCUUUGACCUUUUAUUCCAUCGCCAUCAUGAUCACCAUCAUCACAGCUCUAGCCACACGGCACCUAUUGCGGUGGCAUUGUACAAGAAUGGGCAGCUUACCCCAGGUACAUAUAUCAGGAGAUACGGCUGUGGUCAGAAAUACGAGGUGCUUCUACCGACCGGUACCAUUAUAACAAUACAGACCAGCACCAGAGGUUUCAUCAACAUCUGGAUCAAGCCAUCCAGUGUGGAUCGCAACAAAGUCUCGGGUCUCUGCGGAAACUAUGAUGGUCACUCUGGAAACGAUGUCCCUGGGUCAGACCGUUAUCCUAACGGAUUCUGUAAUAGUCACAGACCAGCAGAAGGGAUAUUUACCGGAGUCAAGCCUGGAACUUUGCCUGGAAUAACGACCUGGUGUAGCUGUGUGCAGUCCAGAACCCCGUACUGUUCUCCCGGAUACGGCAUUUUUGUUUGUGAAAAGAACAGAUAUGACAUCACAUCCACCAUUGUCAACCAAGCGUUGGUUCCACGACCAUCCACUCAUAGAAUGCGACGACAGGCAGAGAUUGAGAAUAGUAUUCCAGACCUCGAGGAAGAUGGUACAUAUACAAAAGAUCAAGCGAUAAGUUAUUGCGAAGAAUUCAUCUCAAACAACACAGCCUCAAAGCACUGCAUGGCUGUUUUGAACUCCAAAAACUACACCAGUCAAAUUGAAAGCUGUGCCGAGGAUUUAAGGCUGACGGGAGACCCCGGUUGGGCCCAGGAUCACAUAAGUGACAUCAUUGACAACUGUCUGAGCGAGGUCAACAAACAGCAACCGGCGGAGAAUGAUACCACUGCGCCAACAUACAACGCCACGGAAAUCACCUCUAACCUUUGUCAGCUGGAUUGUGGGAAUUAUGGACACUGUGCAGAAGGCGUGUGUCGAUGCGAUGACGGUUGGUCGGGUACACAAUGUGACAUCCACAAGUCUACCAGACCGUUCGUCAUGGAGACCCUGUUUAAUGGAACUAGCUGUGAUACGUGUGGCUGUGACACGCAACAGACUGAAGACUGCAGCACGGCCACCAUUUACGGAGCCAACUUUGUGGAUUCUUCAACGUUGACCUGUCACUACAAAUUUGUCAAGAUUGAGGAAAAUGUGGUUACGACCACAGAAAUGAGAACUGUCGUCGGCGAUUUCAUCAACAUGAACCAGAUAUCGUGCAAACUCCCGGAAUCUCGAGGCGGUGCCUUGAUCCAAGUUAGUAACGAUGGACAGACCAUGAGUGAAAGCAGCUACCUCCAUCUUGUCUACGACUCGAGAUGUUUUGAUUGCUCGCUCACAGAUGACGUCAUGAAUUCCAAAUGUACACUGAGAGACAACACAUGUCUUAUAAAUGGAGAAUGUCAUUCAUUGAAUGAGAAGAAAGGUUCAAACCAUUGCAAGCUCUGUGAUCCAUCUGUGAGCACAUCUUCAUGGACAAACAGUGACACUGAGCAGUGCCGACAAGAGUUCGCAGCCAUUCAGGUGUCUAAGCCGGACUCGGAGAAAGGCUACAGCAGUGAGCUGGUCACCAUCCUAGCCGUGGCGUGCGGUUUCAUCGGGUUUAUCCUUCUGUUGACUCUGUUCUACAUAUGUAAACAAAAAGAGAGAAUGCAAAAGCGCAAAGAGAGCGGACUGUACAGAAUUCAAGACGACACACCCGAGGUUCCCCACCAUUCAAUGCUAACGGAGCACGGAGAGGGAGGCGCAAUUCACAACCCAGCUUAUGCCGAGGAGAAGAGCAGACUGUGAUUGAAUGAAUUAAAAAAACACCUUAAUUUCGAAUGCAUUCUAACGUAUACAUGUACGAGUAUAUAUGCAAUAUUCAUACUAGUGAACCGGUCCUGCGGGCAGGGGGAAUAUAUUUUAUAUAAAAAAAAAAUCAACUGCUUAUUCCAUUCAUGAAUUUGAUUCUUUGAUCAAUGACCAUUAAAAAAAUAAAAUGGCUUAAUUUUUAUCAUUUUUGUUUUAAUGCAAAAAUGUGUGUACUUGAUUGCAGGAUAUUUACAUGUAUUUAAUAUGGCAGACAAAUGCCUACCUACUGAUAUUAUACCGAUCACGUGACGUUUAUUUUGAUAAUUUUUCAUUAAUACUUGUUUUGAUACCAUUACUUCAUAUGUAUAUAAUUGCAGUUCUACUGUAUUGCUUGUAACAGAUUUUUUUUAUUGCAAAUAAAGAUGGAAGUUUA